AUGUCAGAGGAUCUUGUCUCUUCUUUGCGGGAUGCAUGCCUCGGACCCUUCGACUUUGCAUGGCUGUUGGAGCGGGUGGCAGAUUUCGGACAAGAGCAUCCAACAUGGCACGGUUCAGAGCACAAAAUCGACUGGAAGCAAGGCAGUCCACCUGCACCCAUACAGCUGCUGGUGCCAGAGAUGAUUCUGUUCCAUGCAGACAAACCUCACUGCUUGUUCUUCACCGACUGCGCUGGCUUUUUGCGAGCCUCCGUCCGUGCUUUGAAGCAGCCGCACGUGGUUUACCACUGCAUGGAACAGAUCCUGAAGCAACGCAAGGACCUGAAUUCAUCGGCCGAGAUGGAGCAAAGUUACUCCCGGCGUUGCUCACGCAGCAGCGAAGUAAGUGAGAUGCACAAAACACCAUCACUUCGGAAGCCACGGGCUACCGUGGUCAUGAAGAGUCCCCUGACAUUGCGCAAGAAUUUCUGGAGGUUAUGGGUGGAAGAACAGCAUCAGCAGCUGCCAGAAGGUGAUGUCGCAGAACGCCUUGCAGGAACCCGAGGGCUUGGAUGGCCUGAAGGCACCAGGCUCCUGCAGGCGAGCUUUUGGAACUCUGAGAAGUUUAUAACGUACGACUAUGAUGCCAUCCAUUCUGACGUCAAAGGAGCCGUACAUACACGCUUGGAGGACAUCAUCAACAACCACUUCGAGCGCUACACAUUUCUGGACUCGGUUCGUGAUCGGAACAAGAUCUCUGCUGUGCCCAACUUGUUGGCCCAGCGCUUGGCAUACUAUUGCAACCUGGAGUUGGUGUCUGGCAAAUUCACCUUCUACAAAGACAAAAGGAGCCAAUUGUGGCUGGUCGACGCGACCGACUUGCUGCUGGUGGCCACCGCGACUCGAACCUCGAAGGGCUCCGACGGGACCUCUUCAGCAUCUGAAGCUUUGCCACAGAAGCUCUUCCGAUACCUGUCAGAAGAAGCCUUGCAAAACCUGCCCGUCACGGAGCAGGACGGUCCGAAGCACCAACGGAUGUUUGAGUUGAUGAUUUCCUACUACCAAAAUAUGAAGCAGCAAUAUCGCGUUGAUCGCAUGCUACAGAAAGUUCAGCAAGAACUGGACACCAACGUGCCGGUCUUUGAAGGUACGGAUCUUGAGGCUCUCAGCAAGACCUUUGACCUCAAGGGCUCCAGGUCUAGCAACUCGUCCAGCUCUCCACGCCGGUUGCAGGUGCCUCAGAAGCGCCAGGGCCACCCCCACCGCUGCCGUUGGUACAGCGCGGCAGCCGUGCAGGAGGUGCCCAAGAGGCGGUCGCGGCAUGGCAAGCACAUGGCAGCGAUCAUCGCUCGACAACGGGAACGUCAGGAGGAGACCCUUUGGAGUUUCGGCGAUGUGCGAGUCCCUAAAUAG